AACCAAGUGUAGAAGUGGAGGGAAGGUUUUCCCGCUAUUUUCCUCUCAGCUUAAGUUUGUUCUCUUCUUGCUAACCCUAGGCUAGCGACCGCCAUGGAAGAGGAAAUCAAAGCUGAAUUCCUUAAAAAUGGGUUCAAUCUCGAUGAUGAAGCAGAAAUUCUCAACAAAUGUCUUACUUUCUGUAUUCAAUUCAACCUAAGCCCUUCCGAUCUCGUUUCUAGCUGGGAUGUAUUCUCUCUCAACAGGGGGCUGGAAUUGACGGUGCAGGGUUCACAUAUGGGUGCAUUUCUACAACAAUUACAGAAUGAGCGGAGAGAGGAGAUUGUUAAAAAGGAACCUGGUUUACAUUUCUACUCCAGUGAUAUCUCCAUGUUGUUGAAUGAUGAAUACAAGAACACAAAUGAAAUCACUGUUGGUACUCCAACAGAUAACCGAAAGACAUCACAGACAGAAACAGUUGUUUCAGCUCGAAAAACUAAUGGGAGCAUUUCCACCUCCAGAAAGCAUUUAGAAACAAUUACACCCUUUGGACAAAGAAAGAACAAGUUUGUGGUGCAGUUUUCUCUCAACGAGACGGCCAAUGUCGAGAGUGUGAAAAUAGAACAUGAUGAGGAGAACCCCAAUGACGACAUUAUAAAGAGAGUCCAACCAAUCAAAAGAUGUUCUUUGCAAAUCAUUAGCUCUCAACCUGAGCCUGGGUGCAGGUUCAUGUAUGACAGGAUGGAAAAUAAGUUUAAUUUUCUUGAAAGCCGAGUAAAAGGUUAUGCAUCAGCACUUGUAGCCUCUGGAUUGCGCGAGGAACCAACUGAUCCUACUGUUGCUUCACAGAGAUCUUUAUUUGCUGUUGGUAUGAUUUGUUGUGAGGAAGAAGGGCGUUUGAAGGAAAAGCCAAUCUUACUGCAAAGCAGUGUUGAGCAUUCCGGAGGUCAACGUGUGCGCCUUGACUUGCAAAACUUGGACCACUUUUCUGUUUUCCCUGGCCAGGUGGUUGGUGUUGAAGGGCAUAACCCAAGUGGUCAUUGUCUCAUUGCAUCAAAAAUUGUUGACCGCAUUCCCUUGUCAGUUUCUUCCACGGAAAAUCUCCCACCUGCUAAGAAACAAGCAGUAGAUCAAUAUCUUCAGUCAACCAAUGCCGUGGUUGCUAUGCCAGAGCUAUCAUUGAUUAUAGCUGCGGGUCCUUUUACAACAGUUGAUAACUUAUUUUUUGAACCUCUUGCUGAGCUUCUAUCGUACGCGCGGCGCAAGCAGCCUCAGUUGAUCAUACUGCUAGGACCAUUUGUAGAUUCAGAUCAUCCUGAGAUCAAGAAAGGAUCUGUAAAUAGGCCAUUUGAUGAAAUCCUUCAGGAUGAAAUUCUUGCAAGGUUGAGAGAUUAUGUAGAAUAUAUGGGUUCUGCUGCUCGUUUUAUUCUUGUUCCAUCUGUACGAGAUGCUAGCCAUGACUUCGUUUACCCUCAGCCAGCCUUCGACAUUCAGUCACCUGAUCUUGAACAUCAGAUAAAUAGCAUUACGAAUCCUGGAAUAUUCUGUGCAAACGAGGUGAAAGUGGCUUGUUGUACGGUUGAUGUUCUUAAACAGCUCAGUGCAGAGGAGAUUUCACGAAAUCCACAAGGGGGAUCCAAGCAACGGAUGACAACUCUUGCGAACCACAUUUUACACCAGCGCAGCUUUUAUCCUCUAUAUCCACCAGCUGAAGGUGUACCUAUUGAUUUCUCUCUUGCUCCAGAAGCUCUUCAGAUGUCAACUGCCCCAGAUAUACUUAUUUUACCCUCAGACUUGGCUCACUUUGUUAGGGUGAUCUCCCUUGGGGAAAGAAAUGAAGGAGAAGAAGUGAAGUGCAUAUGUGUGAAUCCUGGACGACUUUCACGGGGAGAAGGAGGAGGUUUCUUUGUGGAGCUUAACUACCAUGGAAGCUGUGAUUUAUCAAGUGCUUCAGUUAUUCGGAUAUAAUGUUGAGACACUGCACUUGUUGAAGGCUUGUCAUGGAUACCCAUUAAAGAAGCAGGUGACUUGUCAUGCUGUAACUGCAUCUGUUCCCUCGGUGAUUUCAAACUCCCUCUUGUGUGCUAUGUUAAUAUUAAGUCAUCGUUCUGUCUAGCUGGUUAUAGCAUAACUUAGGAUACCUAACAAAUUCAGCUGCACUCUGAGGUGAAUGUGUGAAUGUGUACUAUGUAACAAGUUUAUUUAUCUCAGUUUACCCGAGAAGUUCUGCUGUCUUUGUCCAUAGGAAGUAGAAACAUGCAAUAUAAAAAUACUGUACUGUCUGUUAGUUCUUGGAAGAUCCUGUUCUACAAGAUGAAAUACAAUUUUGCAAGGGUUGUCAACCA